AUGGGAAAACGGCAUGGUGAUGAAGGUUGCAGCAGUGAUGGUGGUAGUUGCAGCGGCUGCGGUGGCUGUCGUGGCGGUACAAAUAGUGAGGGAUAUUAUGGUAGUGGUAGAGGUAGUGGUAUAGGUGGGGUUGUUGCGAUUGUGAUAGAAGCAGCGGCGGUAGCGAUGAUUCUAGUAAGGCGGCGUCAGCUGUGGAAGCGGCGGCAGUGGUCGUAUUUGAGGAUUUAUAUGAUGGCUGCCGAUGUUUCUGAUGACGAUAGUGAUGAUUUGAGGUAUGAGUUUGAUGAAUGGAAGAUGACGGACAAAAAAAUCAAUAAGGACAACCAGAUGUAUCCAGGUUAUUCCAACAACCAGUGCGUCUCUGAGCUAAAGAUCCCGACAUUUCUUAGUGGACAGCGGUCAGCAGACGACCUAGGUGAAACAAGAACGAAUUAUGUGUACGCGGAGACCAGUGACGUCAGCAAGGAUUGUGAUGCGCGUGAUACACGUCACAUGAAGACGGAAACGAUGGCUGAUUCUGUCGGUAUUGAAGAAAACAGUGCGGAAGUUGAGUCCGAUGAGCUGGUCGACUACGACGCGGAAAACUACGGGAAGCGGAAGCAGCGGCGCUACCGGACCACCUUCACUAGCCGCCAACUGGAUGAGCUCGAGAGGGCCUUCCGGAAGACGCACUACCCGGAUGUGUUCACCAGGGAGGAGCUGGCACUACGUAUAGACCUCACUGAGGCGAGAGUGCAGGUUUGGUUCCAAAACAGGCGAGCAAAAUGGCGGAAGAAGGAGAAAGUCGGACCAACCAGUCACCCGUUUCUUCUCGGCAACUUCUCGGCGGAUAUGACGUCACCCAGCAUUCUCGUCAACGAUCCACUGGCGUUCUCUGACCUGUUUUUUAAGACGUGCGACCGCCAGCUUCUUCAGAAAUAUAUUCUCCCUGGUUCGUGUCUGAGUGCGAGACUGUCACUCCUGGCUUCUCUGCCUCCCAUUGUACGCAAUAACCAUAUGCCGCUUUGUUACGGAAGUGACAUAAUACGUGGAUCACAGCAGUUUUUCGAAAUAGAUUCUCUGCAUCCCCAGUCAAGGAGACCAGAUUUCCCGGAUGGUGACAAGAGACUCGGAAGAGCGCGUGAUCUCGUGCAUUCUACACUGGAUUAAAAAGACACUGUGUUUGAUGUAUGUUCCUAUUUGUUUUUAAGUGAUUGCUACCUUCGACUUUGGUUGACUGGUGUACGUGAUGAGUGUCUCAUGUCAAUAUGAAUUUUUGCAGUUUUCAGCAAAAUUGGACAACUAUUCGUCCUGUUAGAUGCAAAGAAAUUAACAACUGUCUUUUAAUAUACAUGUAUAUUUCACAUUGUAUAUGCGUGAAUAUUAAUGCGCGUUUAUUCACUUAAAAUAUACAAAGCCGGCAUAGAAGGUAAAUUACUUAGAAUAAUAAAAAAUAUGUAUGAAAAUGUUAAGUCAUUUGUUAAGCAUUGUGCAUCAUACUCUGAAUAUUUUAACUAUGCUGUAGGUUUACGGCAAGGUAAAGUUAUGUCCCCUUUGUUGCUUUCUCUAUUUGCAGAGGACUUAAAAUUGUUUUUACAUAAUGACCUCUCUUCCGGUCUAAGUAUUGAUGACAUUGUAUUGUUAUUGUUGCUUUUCGCAGAUGAUAUGGCCAUAAUCGGUAAAUCGCCCGCGGAAGUGCAGAAACACUUGGAUCUUUUAUCAAAUUACUGUAAAUGCUGGGAAUUAAAGGUUAACACUGAUAAAAACAAAAAUAAUGUUUUUUUUGCUUACGAGGAAAUUUAUUUCCAUCUGAAACAUGGACCUUUGAAGGUCGGAAACUAGAAGUAGUAAAUGAUUUAAUUAUUUGGGAACCGUUUUUAAUUAUACUGGAAAUUUUCAGCUAAAUCAAGCACAUUUAUGUGGAAAAAUACUUAAAGCUAUGAAUAUAUUAUUUAACAAAUGUAAAGAGUUUUACUUAAAACCCAAAACACAGUGUCAGCUAUUCGAUGCUUUUGUCGGAUCCAUACUGAAUUACGCUUGUGAGAUAUGAGGAAAAACAAAGUCAAUUGAAUUGGAAAGGGUACACUUAAAGUUCUGUGAACGAUUGUUAAACGUUAAGCAAAAUGUAUGUAAUGCUGUAGUGUAUGGCGAGUUAUGAAGAUACCCGCUAUUUAUUCAUAGAUAUGUUACGAUGGUUAAAUACUGGUUUAAACUUAUUCAAACUGAUAACAUACAUGUAAUUUUAAAAUCAAUUUAUAUACAAGCUCUAUAUGAUUGCCGAAAUGUUAGACAUCUACGGUUUGUCAUACGUGUUUGAUAAUCCAAGCUCUGUCGAUGUUAAGAUAUUUAUACCACAUUUAAAAAAUGUGGUCGAUACUUAUAAACAAGAUCGGUUUCGACCUGUUGAAAAUAGCUCUAUUUUAACUAUGUACCGUGUGUUUAAGUCUAUGUUUGUUUACGAAAAUUAUUUAGAUUUAUUACGUAAAUCACUAAGACACUACGUCACAAAGCUUCGAACUUCGAGUCUGCCACUAAGAAUUCAAACUGGAAGAUAUGCUGGUCAAAAUAUACCACGAAACGAACGUUAUUGUCUUUGUUGUAACGAAUUAGAUGUCGAAGAUGAGUUUCAUUUUGUUUGUAAAUGCUCUUUAUACACUGAUAUUAGAAGAAAUGUUAUGUUAGGCCUUCUGUUUAUAAAUUCCACCAAUUGUUCAAUACAACGGAUAAAUUUGAACUUAUUAAAUUAGCAAAAUAUGUUAAAGAUGCUCUGAUUUUAAGAAAUAAUAUUUCUCAUGUUGUUACUUAACUUCAAACUUUAUCCUCCAUAUUUAAAAUAGUAUUUCACCAAGUAUUUUCUUAACCGUUUACGAUGCUGCUUAUGUUUAUAUUAUUACUAUGUUUAUCUCUGUGACAUAUUUGAUUGUGAAAUAUCUAGUGUUUAGACGAUGUAAACUGUGCAAGUCUGAAUAAAUAUGUCAUGUGUAUUGUCUCAAACUA